CAGGCAGCUGCCAGAUUGUUCUAGACCCAUGUUCAGACUUUCCAGCGUUUCUUCUCAUGCCUGUAUUUCCUGUUAUGACAUUGGAUUGCCUUUGAGCACUGAAUAUUGCCUUGCCCUUCUGUUUUGGACUGUUUUCCUGGUAUUCAGCUAUCGGACUUCCCUCUCCGACCCCUCACUUCAGAUCUCUCAGCUGUGUGAGUUUGUUGGUUCUGACCUUGGACUGUGUUCCCGACCUGAGGGAUACUGUCUGAGCAGUAUCAAACACAGAUUAAGUCAUGUUAAUGGAGCCAUUGGAAGAUCUAUGCCCUGUUACUGGCUGACACGCAGCAAAGAGCCUCCAAAGAGCCCACAAUUGCACAUGACCUGUAAUAUCAGAAGCGUGAGAAUGAGAGUCAGAGAAACAAGGACAGAAGUGGCUAGCGAGGAGACAGAUAAGCCAACCAUUCAUCUAGGGAUCACUGUCUUCCCCAUCCUUUUUCUUCUUCAGCACUGCCACAUGUGUCUGGCCUUGUGCAGUGAGCAGACCUCGCCUAUCAAGAUCUUUGUAGGAAGGAAUCUGAUCCUGACUAAGCACAGCCGGUCACAGGACGGAGCAGAAACACAUGCAGCAAAACAUCACCAGGCUUCUGUAGCAAUCAGCUGGAUCUGAGGUCAUCUGCACAUGGAAACACUGAGCCUCACCAGUGACAUUUGUCAACAUUCAUAUAAAGGAGAACUAGUGCUGUGUACUAAAAAAGAACAAUAAAACACAUGGGUGGAACAUUUCCUUAGAUCUGUGUGAGUUAAGCCUAAAUGCAUGAUACAUUUUCAUUAGUUCUCAUUUUGUCUUACAUGAGACUAAUAUAGAAGGUCUCCCAUCUGGUGCCAAAUGUCAUCACGUAAACAAACCUCAAAUUGCACUGAAUGUGAAUGUUUGUGCCAGAGAUACAUAGAGCCAUG